UUUGAACACCACAAUCGGCCAGCACAGGCGGUUCCAUCAAUUUGCCCAAAGAGCCCACAGGGCCAGGAGAUGGCUAUACCAUUCUAUGCAGCAGAAAGAAUUGACGAAUGCUCGACAGCAGAUUGAAAUGCUUGGGCGGAGCCUGGAUGGUCAGGUGAUGCGAUUCCUACCAAAGGGUGUUAAAUGGUCAAUCAGUCUCCGUGACCGCGCGGACGUGGCGAGAGUCUUCGUGGCCCUGGUGAAGCAUUGGUUAUCUAAGACUGGUGGGGAAGAAGCUUUGACCAGCUGGGGAACUAUAAGGCAGCUUGCAAGCGCUGAGAAACCGGCCAAGAUAGCUGAGGCAGAAUAGAUCAUGAGAGAAGAUGACUGGAUUCUUCAAUGGUGGUAGAAGCAUGGCCUUUGGAAAACCGGAACCUGUCUCGUCUAUCCAUUCCAGUGAUGAUCCUCGAUGGACCAAACCCCCAGUAGCUAGUUUUCUAG